AUGAGGACUGUCCUACAAAGAUCCAACCACACCAGACGUUUCUUUUCGUCUCAGGUGGCUGUCACAAAGUCCUCAGGGUCCGCAUCCCGGCUGGAGUCCUUGCGCGAGCAGCUUGCCGCCGAAGCCUCCAAUGAACUUGAUGAUUUUGCUGCCGGAGCCAAGCCCGUCCGACGCAAGGCACCAAAGCGAUCCAAGAAGAUUCUUCCCAAGCCCAGGUGGCUCAAAGCCAAGCCUGCAGACUCAGAGAACUACCAAAAGCUUCGCAGCACAGUGCGUGAUUUAGGUUUGGCCACGGUUUGUGAGGAAGCGCGUUGUCCGAAUAUUGGUGAAUGUUGGGGUGGAGGCGAAAAUGAGACAGCCACUGCCACGAUUAUGAUCAUGGGUGACACGUGUACCAGAGGAUGUCGCUUUUGUUCUGUCAAAACAUCCAAAGCACCACCGCCAUUGGAUCCAGAGGAACCAGAAAAGGUGUCAACAGCAAUCGCCAAAUGGGGACUUGAUUAUGUUGUAUUGACCAGUGUUGAUCGGGAUGAUUUGGAAGACCAAGGUGCCAAUCAUUUCCGCGAGGUCGUUCAAAAGUUGAAGGAGAAGAAACCAGAUUUGUUGGUAGAAGCAUUGACGCCCGAUUUCCAGGGUAACAAGGAUCUGAUUCAUGCAGUGGCCACCUCUGGAUUGGAUGUCUUUGCUCAUAACGUGGAAACAGUAGAAAGGCUUACACCUUUUGUUCGGGAUCGACGUGCGGAGUAUCAACAAUCCUUGGAAGUUCUGCGAUAUGCCAAGUCAUUGGGUGGUUCCUUGACAAAGACCUCGAUUAUGCUUGGGCUUGGAGAGACAGACGAAGAAAUUCAGACGACGUUGGAGGAUCUACGAGCGGCAGGAGUCGAUGUUGUAACAUUUGGACAAUAUCUGCAACCAACCAAGCAGCACUUGCCUGUCAAAGAAUAUGUGACUCCUGAAAAGUUUGAGGAAUUGAAACUCAAGGCUGAUGCUAUGGGAUUCACAUACGUAGCGUCUGGUCCACUCGUUCGUUCUAGUUACAAGGCGGGCGAGUUCUUUUUGAAGAACUAUCUUGAAGAACAAAAGGCAAAGCAAGCUGCAGCAGUUUAG